UGUCGCACUCUGCAUGCUAAUGACUUCUUCUCAGCAAAGCUUAUCAAAUCACUGUAGCUGACCUAGCCACUGGACAAUAUCACUGUAUCAGGGAAAAGCGGUUAGUGUCGUUAUUUGUGUUCAAAUCACUAUCGCUGAAGGACACCGUUCAGGAUUUCAGCAGUGAUGCCUGUGACACCUGUAUCACUGUUACAGCAGGCUAGCUGAAUAAAAAAACGAGCAUCACAGCCAGUCAGCCACAGGUCCAACACAUCCCAAUGAUCGUCAUCUGAAAAGCGGCGUCCGACCCAAAGCGUUAUUAUUCCACCAGCUCACCUGGACCGGGCUGCAGGGUGAAACCGUGUUUAAGCAGGUUGAAAUGCAGCAAAAGUUGUGUACGCGCAACACAACCUUGUUCGUGGAAAACGGCCAGGCUUGUGGUGCAGGGGCUCCAUCUCCACCCCCGUUCCGAUGCCCCCGGUGUGGAGAGCAUGAGCGCUUCCACAGCCUGGCUGCGUUGCGGGCCCACCUCGACUACAAUCACACGUACGAUCCAAGGCACAACCUCAGCCUCCCUACCAGCAGGGGGUACUUACGCUCUGACAGCAAGAGAGCCACUGCUGAGACCCAGACAACAAAGGAUGCAGGCACUGACACGCGUUCACACCAGUUCCCAUUCAGCUCUGAUCCCCUUCCACAUGACCAGACUGCAGACACGUGCCCAGAACAGCCUGCUUCCCCAGAGAAGAAUGCCGCUAGUGGGGAGUUGUCCAUUGGCACCAAGCUCCUCUCUGCUCCAGUGCCCUCGGUGGGGCAGAGGCUGGAGGGCAUGAUGAGGACGGCCAGUAGCAGCAUGGAGCGACGGCUGCUCCGGCUCAGCUCAGAACUGGCCCACACUGACACAGCACUUCUGUGUGAGCGCGCACACUCGCACCACCUGGCCCAGGAGCGACAGGAAGUGCUGGAGCGGGAGCAAGCUCUCAGCAGACAGGUGAACGCUGCCGUCAUGGUCAUUGCCACGCUGCGCCAGCAGCUCAGCAUGUCCGAGCAUGAGCUGGAACGGAGGGAACAGGAAGUGCUUGCUAUUCAGAAAUUUCUAGAAGCAGCAGCGCAGCAUGAGAUGUGCGGGAAAGUCCGUUUGCGGCGGUUCAUCGAGGGCCUCCUACGACGCAUUGCCCUGGCUGAAAGGCUGCUGGAGUAUUACCAGAACACUCCCCAUGAACACUACUGCACAGCCCACACGGUGGCUCCUUUAGCUGAGGCAGGUCCCCAAAGAAUAACCAAAAGCAGGUCUACAGGAGAGCAACUGGUCCAUGACGAGGAACUGUCACAUGGGCAUCAGGCUGGGUGGGGAGCAUCCCGGGCCUCUGGGGAGAGACGGGGCCAUCAUGGCUGGGUCCAGGGCAAGAGGUCAGAUAGUUAUGAGGUUUAGAUGUCUGGCCUGAGCCUUUCACUUAAUGUACUGUAUAUGUUUAAAAUAUAGUGUAUUGAAAUUGUAUUUUAAGCAAAUAUAUAGACAAAAGAAGCAUUAAAAAAUAUAUAACAUUCCUGGAAAAAAAAUAUCUGACCUGGAUCUCAUACGGAGAGAUCUUUUUCAGCAAAAUGUGGAAAGGCAGUUCGUCUUGGUAGCACUCUUAAUCUUAUCUGCUUGGAAUAUUGUUUAGAUCAGGGUCCUGUAGGACUCAGCUGUGUCUAGUGAUGGCAUGUUACUGUUCUGAUAAUCAGAAAACUCACCUUGUGGAAUGCCUUUACACUCCUUCUGUAGUGCUGUGAAGGUGCUAGCAUACUGCUGACAUUGUGGACACAUGGUGAGACUGCCCUUUAAAUCUAAUACAUAUUGCUACCUAGGUUAAUAGUUUACAUUCUGAUGAAUUGCAAACUGAUUCUAUAUUAUGGGAAUUGAAUGUUUGUUCAUAUCUAACCAUUACACAAUUCAAUGCAGUGCCUUGCAUAAGUAUCCCCCUGCACUUAAUUGGGAUUAUGUGUCAAUAAUCUACACUAAAAACUCAUAAUAUUGAUGUGGGGGAAUAUAGUUUGCAAAAUUAUUUAGAAAGUGACUUCCACCUAUGGGCGAGUAAAGUGUCAUAUGAUUUCAAUAUAAAUACACCUGUUCCUGGAAGGCCCGAGAGAGAAUUAUACCUAAACGAACAGCAUAAUGAAGACCAAGGAUCUAUCAAGUCCAGGACAAAGUUCUGGUAAAGUAUCAGUCAGGGUCUGGUUAUAAAAAAAUAUCCCAUACUUUAAACAUUCUGUGGAGCAUCAUUAAAGCCUUUAUUAAAACAUGGAAAGAAUGUGGCACAACCACAUCUCUGCCUAGCGGAGGCCAUCCACCAAAAGUCUCUCUAUGUUUGGUGGAAACCCAACACUGCUCAUCACCUCGAGAACACCAUACAGUGCAGCAUGGUGUUGGUAGCAUCAUGUUGAGAGUUGCUCUUGGCCUCUAGGUUACAUCUUUGCUUACUAAUGCCCUUCUUACACAGUCACUGAGUUUUUGGUGGACCACUGCCUCUAGGUAGGGUUGCAGCUGUGCCAUAUUCUUUCCAUUUUUAUACCUCUGUCACUAGGUGGUGGAGGCAUUUAGUUUUCAGGUUGUCUGUGUGUCUGAGAUUCUUGUUCACGCAAUAUCUCAAGAACAAGUGGGUGAAUGUAAGCAGAAGAAUUGAUUAGAUUUUGGAAUUAUGCAAACAGCGAGCGGCAGGAUCUUUCUCCAAUAGCUUCCUUCCUGUUUUUAAGUGUAUUUUAAAGGUAUUUGAGGCAUAGAACUUGGUAACAAGAAGAACUAGACUAAUUGGCGACACAUAUCCCUGAUGUCGCUGUUGGCAUCAAGUUGUACUUGUUUAAUAAUGGGUUUAAUGUUGCUCCAUGGGAUGUUCAAAAUUUUCAAAAUACAAUUUUUUGUAACUAAACCUUGUUUUGAUUUUGAUUCCUUGGUCUUCAUGAUACUGUUUGUUUAGUCAUAUUCUGUAACAAACCUUUCCAGGAAUAGUUGUAUUUAUAUUGAGAUCACGUAACGCUUUACUUGUGCACAGGUAGACUUGCACACAACUGAUUGCACCAGAACUAAUUUAGGGGUUUCAGAGCAACAUUUAGGUUUUUUUUUUUUUAUUGCAAAUAAUUCUAAGGGGGUGAAUACUUAUGCAAGGCCCACUCAAAAAAUAUCAUGCAAAGAAUUUGUAGUACUUUAAAUUUAUGUAUGUGAGUCGACAACACAUACUAAAAGACAGUGUUAUCCAAAUAUUAAAUUUGUUAGUUGUUCUGUGUUUGUUUUUCUUCAUUUAACGGUGCUGUUGCACACAGUGAAUGUCUGAGAUAUUGAUAUUAUCUGAAUGCAUUAGUGCAUAUAAUCAAUAUUUUAGUGGUGCUGUUGCCUGGGGCUGUAUACCCAUAUCAUAACCAGUAUUAUCAUAACCAGUAUAGUCUGUGCUAUGUGAAAUGCCUCCUAACAGUAGCCAGGCGCAUGUAAAAUUCCACAUUAACAAGAAAAAAAUAUCUUACGGUCAAUAUUAGCUCAACUUGCUUUUUAUAUAAACAAAACUGAUGUGUGAAUAGGUUGGGCAUUUGACACUGCAGUUUGACCUGUGUGAGGUGGCAGUAACCAGAGCAAUAGCACAUUUUAAGCUCUGUUUUGGUACAUUUUGGUGCAAUUUAUGUAGCAGUUAUAAAGUUUAGAGAGUAGCCUACAUGUUCAGUUAAAAAAAACAAAACAAGAAUUGGUGUUCAGUUAUAACGUUUAGAGAGUAGCCUACAUGUUCAGUUAAAGAAAAAACAAAAUUUGUUCUUUAAAAAUAUAUGAGAUGUCUCUCAGUUUAUUGUAUUUUCCAAAGUAUUAAAUAGUUUGCACAUUGUUUCUUAAUCAUUGUGAAUAUGUUCUACUUUUGUUGGAAAAAGAAAACAUAACAUGUUAGAUGUUGCUCUAAAUGAUCUUUAAGCCUUGCACACAAUAAUCUUAUCCUUUUCAACAUAAAUAUCAAAUCUUUUGACCUACUCGUCAUGAUUUUGUUUAUGGUAUAUAUUUCUGGUGGCAGUGCAGUCAUAGAAAAUUAAUGAUUGUCAAACCUUGGUGUGAUGAUUGGUUAUUCGUUUUAAUAAUUCACUUAUUAUUACCCAGUUCCUGAUACAUUUAAAUGUCCGGUUCAUAACAUUUAAAAGUUUUUCUAGACCCGUAAUAAUGAUAUAAUUAAAAAAAAAAAAAAA